AUGUUUGUUAUAACUAAUGAGUCAUUCUUCCUUUUAAGGAAAAAUAGUUUUAAUGAACAGAUUGUACUUAGAAGAAGAAGCUUGUUUCGCAAUACUGUUUUGCAUUACCUUAAAGCAGCAUAUCUUAGAUGGGCACCUAAAAAUGUGCCAGUAUUUGGAAUCAAUUAGAGUUUAAUAAAUUCAGUUUUGACAUUGAAAGAAGAUUUCAUAAAUGGAGAGCUAAAGCAAUUGCCUGAUUCAACUGUGAGAUUUGCCAAAUAUAUUAAAAAUGAUAAUUAUAUCUAGUUGAUACUUGCUUCAGAGGACUUGCCAAUCGAUAAUUUCAAUCCGAAAUCUUUAUUAGAUGAUAUUAUCAAUCAAGAAAGUUCAGAGAUAUGGGGUGAAGCUCAUAGUUUUCAAUUAUUGUACGCUAGGGAUGCAAACCACAAAGACAGCAAACUCACUGAUUUUGAAGUUAAAAAUUUAAUAGGCAAAGGAAGUAUUUCAAAUGUUUACCUAUUAAGAAGAAAGUCAGAUGGCCAGCCAUUUGCAAUGAAAUGCAUAUAGAAAGAUGUUGUGCUUGAGGAAGAUCUCUAUUCUAGCACAAAACUAGAGAAGGAUUUACUUAUAAGAGUAUAAUUAUUAUUCAUAAAUCUAGCAAUAUAGAUAAAAAGUCCAUUCUUUGUGAACCUUCAUUAUGCUUUUAUUUCAUAGACUAAAAUUCUGUUCAUAAUGAAUUUUGUAAGAGGAGGAGAUCUUUUAAUGCACUUACUCAACAUGGGAACUUUUACUGAAUAAAUGACUAAGUUUAUGAUUGCUCAAUUGGCUCUAGCUCUUGGAUAUUUACAUAGCAAUGGUGUAUUAUACAGAGAUUUGAAACUUGAAAACAUUCUUAUUAACCAUGAUGGUAAUUUUGCAUAAUCUAAUAUUUAUUAAGGUUAUGUUUCAUUGGUUGAUUUCGGAAUUUCAAAGAAACUAGAAAAAAAAGAAAGAACAUUUUCAAUUAGAGGAACACCAGAGUACAUGGCUCCCGAGAUUUUAAGCAAGGGAGGGCAUUCGUUUCCUGUAGAUUGGUGGGCUCUUGGAACACUCGCAUAUGAAAUGGUAAUUGGACAAGCCCCCUUUUAUGAGGAUGAUCAAUCCUUAAUGUUUAGAAAAAUCAUGAGAUAAAAUGUACGAUUCCCUAAGGAUAUGGAUCUAAGUAUUGAGUACAAAGAUUUUAUCUACAGAUUAUUACACAAAGACCCAGCACAAAGAUUAGGGAAUAAUGGGUUCGAAGAAGUUAUCUAGCAUCCAUUCUUUUAAGAUAUUGACUUUGAAUAACUAGAGUUAAAAACAUUGAAAGCUCCAUAUAUACCUGAACUUACUGAAGAUCCUUUUGAUGUAUCAAACUUUGAAUAAGAACUUACUUAGAGAACUACAUUCUAGGAUGGACAUCUAUCAAUAGCUAAAGCUUCUAAAUUAAUGCAAAGACAAAGUGCAUUCAAGAAUUUUUGA